UUAAAAAUUUGUGUUGUUUGUUUGUUAAAAAGUUGUGGGGCUGAAGAAUUUAGUAUCGGAGUCUUGAAAUUUUAUCGUGCAUCCAUAAAAUUCGAGGUCAAAUAGCUCCGUCGACUAAAAUCGCGUCAUCAACUUUUUUAGGAUGUGCCCAAACGGUAAAAACGGAACUAUACUUAUUCCUGAGGCACCGCUGCCUGUGACUAAGCCGCAUCUGAUGAACAGUGAUGCCACAGAAUUGAAAUUGUGAGAGUUUGAAAUAAAUGUGUUUCUAUUGCUGCUAUUGAAACAAAUACUAGAAAUAAAAAUCGAGGUUAAGCAUCGGUUGUUAAGCAUUGGACGAUUGAAUAAAGUGGUGUGCGCAGGCCCUAAGAUGUAGUCUUGGCAGAGCAUGUGGGGAUGUUGUGAUGCUGCGGUGCAGAGGUGUCAAAUAGCGAAGACAAUGGCUUGUGUCUCGCGGGAGCGCCGCGCCCCGGUGCCGCUCACAGUCACCAUGGCCGCCAAGCUCGUCGUGCUCGUCUGCCUGCUCAGCGCGCUCGCACCCGCCCAGGCGGCGGUGCCCGGCACGUUCUUCUGGAAGCCGCGCGUCGGCCUGGAGCUGGCGGUGCCCACGCAUUUCCCUCGCUCGGUGGACAAGCCGACAUGGGAGAACAUCAACGCGGGGUUCGUGGUGCUGAUCGAGGGCUACCAGGCGGGGCUGACGGUGGCGGCGCUAGCGGGCAUGCUGGACGUGCUCGAGUCCUUCCCGCACCUCAACCCCGGCUCCGCCUACUACUACACCAACACGUACCGCUGGAUGCUGCGGUAUCUCAGCCUGCUCCCGGACUGGCUCGGCGGCAAGAGCGGGAACUACGUGGAGACGCACAAGGUGUGGCGCAAGCGGUUCCUGUACAUGGACAGAUUCGUGCCUCAGUGGCUGCGGACGAUCCUGUUCUUCGUCAAGCCUGAGGAGUGGAAAAAGGAGGAGUUGGAGUGGAAGAGGUUCGCCAAGUAUGCCGAGCCUUCGUUCGGCAAGUACUACAAGUACCCUUCGAAGGUGUUCAACAACUUUAAUUCGAUGCGCAUCAAGGAGACGGUGGAGAAUCUGGACAUCACCAACGGGUCCAUUUAGAGCAGGAGAGGGGGGGGGGUCUCCUGUUCGAGACGACAUGCAACAGAUUCUAUUGAUACCUAGCAUUACAAAUUUAUUAUAUUUUUCCACGCGACUCUUCGUCAGCAUAAUAUAUUUUUUUACUGAAUGAUGUAGCCUAAAACCUGACAUUAUGAUUUGUGUAUAAGGAUAUAAUUAAUAAGAUUUCAUUGGAUACAUUAAAGGAAAGAAACAUUUCAUUUCUCAAAUAUUAUAUUAUUUAUUACUAAUUAUUACUGUUACUGCAUUGUCAAUCUCCGUACCUCAGAGCGGUUUCGGAAUAACGUUGUUUGUCCGCAUUACAAUCGGCACUCACGAACUUAUCGUGUCCUACAACGUAACAAAUUCCUAAAGUAGGGUUUUUCUUUCUUCUAAAUGCUUGAUGAAGGUGCUUUC